AUGUCAAUUCCAAGGCUAGAACUUCAAGCCGCGGUGUUAGGCACACGAUUGAAAACAACCGUUUUAAAGGAACUUCGAUUGAAUAUUACAAACGUAACCAUGUGGACAGAUAGCACCACUGUACUCUCCUGGAUACGAAGUGACCAUCGCAGGUAUAAAACAUUUGUAGCCAACCGAGUAAGCGAAAUACUCGACGACACAACGAUCUCCCAAUGGAGGUGGGUACCAUCAGGAAUGAAUCCGGCAGACGAAGCAACACGGAACAUCCAACCUACGGAAUCUAUAUGGUAUACAGGAGCGACGUACCUAAAUACAAAAGUGGAAUCAUGGCCAAAGGAGAAAGGUGCAGUCAUUGAAACUUCAGAAGAAAAAAGGGUUUGCAGCGUUCAAGAAAUACAACCUGCGAACAUUAUUAUGCACACAACUUGGUGCUCGGAUUGGGGACGACUAAAGAAGGCAGUUUGUUACUGGCUCAAAUACAUGGAAAAAUUGAGGACGAAAGUAUCAAACUCCAGAUAUGAUGAGACAAUUACUUCUGAUCAUUAUAAGCGAGCAGAAAUCCUAUUGUUACAACAAGCACAGCAAGAAGCUUUUCCAUCCGAGCUAGUGGCUCUGAUCAACGGCGAAGGUUACCAGAACAGCUCUGUAGCAGAUCACGAGCUUGCAUUAGAUGAAAACCGUCUCAUCCGAAUCAGCGGACGAAUACAAAACAUGACUCCAGUACUAUUACCAAACAAGGGACAUAUAACGAAUUUGAUCAUAAAACAAUACCACGAGAAAUUUCUACACCGUGAAACAGAAGCAGUUAUAGCUCAAAUACGACAGCAUUUCUGGAUAAUCAAGAUUAGGGCGGCAGAAAAAAGAGUGAAUGCAAGAUGUCAACUCUGCAGAAACAAGAAGGCAAGCCCUCACCCUCCAAAAAUGGGCACAUUGCCAAGCUGCCGCACCACUCCAAAUUUAAAACCAUUUACACACACCGGUAUAGACUUCUUUGGACCAAUGGAAGUUACUGUAGGAAGAAGAUGUGAAAAACGCUGGGGUGCACUCUUCACCUGUAUGGCUACUCGAGCUAUACACCUGGAACUAGCAGACGACUUAAGUACAGACGCGCUUCUCAUCUGCAUAAAAAACUUACAAAACAGGCGCGGCAAGGUCUGUGAAAUGUACAGCGAUAACGGCACCAAUAUGGUUGGCGCAAGUAAUCAGAUGAAGGAAUUAGAAAUCAGAACAGCGAUCGAAGGAAUAAAAUGGAAUUUUAUUCCACCAUCAGCUCCACACUUUGGAGGAGCAUGGGAACGUAUGAUACAAGAGGUUAAAAAAUUACUAAAUGAAAAGCUAUGGCCAGUAUCAAAACCCAAGGAGAGCGUACUUAGGAAUGCUCUAAUCGAGAUAGAGCAUCUCCUGAACAGUCGCCCGUUAACACAUAUACCAUUAAGCUCCAACGAUGAUGAACCCCUGACACCAAAUCAUUUUUUGAUUGGAUGCGCAGGAGGAACGUAUCCUUCACUCGACGACACGUCGCGAGCCGAGGCAACAAGAGAACACUGGAAAAAGGCUCAAAUGGCAACUACUAAAUUUUGGGAUCGGUGGAGUACAGAAUACCUUCCUAAACUGAACAAACGAGAAAAAUGGAAACAGAACACAGAACCACUCCAGCCUGAUGAUGUCGUUGUUUUUCCAGACGAACAACGGAAAGGGAAGUUUCAUAAAGGAAUUAUAACCGAAGUAAGGAAGGCGCAGGAUGGCCAAACAAGGUCUGCGGUCGUUCGCACUGAAAACUCUAAAUUAGUUAGGCCAACUGUAAAAUUGGCCAAAUUAAACGUAAAGGCAGAUACGGUAUUCACCGGUCACAUACAGGAAAUAUCACCAAAACGAAAAGACGUCUUCCCGCAAAAUAGUAGCUCAAAUGCAAAGGCAAAUAUGACAGAUUGGGGUAAGCGACAAAAAAUCGACAUAGAGCUAGUAAAACAACUAGCAGAAAAGCACAAAGCCGCUCAUCCAACCAAACCGAAAAAGAAAACUAUUCGAGCUAGGCCAAACAUGUGGGCAAAAAUGCUCGUCACUACAGCAGCAGUACUAUCUUUAAAUACAACGUCCAGUAUGACCAUCAAACCCGUACCAAAUGCGGGACUUUUAUACAAUCACGAUACUCUGCAAUAA